AUGGAUGCCUCCUAUGUACUGACAAUUAGUCCCUCUGCAAUAUGUGUAUUGUUUCAUAUUUUCCUUGGUUCAUUAUCUGUUGUAACUGUAUGUGGAAACCUCCUUGUAAUAAUCUCCAUCAUUUACUUCAAACAACUCCACACUCCUACAAACUCUCUCAUUCUCUCCCUGGCUGUGGCUGACCUGCUUGUUGGAGUUUUAGUCUUUCCUCUCACUAUGGAAUUCUCUUUUAGUGCAUGUCUAUACUAUGAUGAUUUAUUUUGCAAAGUGCGUGGCACCUUUGACGUAUCACUAUGUACAGCUUCUAUUCUGAACUUGUGUUGUAUUUCUGUUGACAGAUAUUAUGCAGUGUGCCAGCCUCUGACAUAUAGAACUAAAAUAAAUAAUAAUGUUGCUGUGAUAAUGAUCUUGGUGAGCUGGGGGGUUUCUGUCCUGAUUGGAAUUGGCUUCAUAACUGCAGGAAUGUACCAAGACCAAUGUUCUGCAACAUGUUUGAUUGAUGUUGUCAUCGCAAGCAUUUUGGCACUUAUUUUCUCAUUUUACCUCCCAGUGAUCAUCAUGCUCUGUAUCUACCUGAAGAUUUUCUUUGUUGCACAGAGACAGGCGCGCAGCAUCCAGAGCACAAAGUCUGGAGCAACUGUCAGUAAGAUGGAGAGAAAGGCCACUAAAACUCUGGCUAUAGUUAUGGGAGUUUUUCUGAUGUGUUGGUUAGCUUUCUUUCUUUGCACCACCAUUAUGUCUUUCAGUUAUGUUUACGUGCCACUUGCUUUGAUUGAAUUUCUUAAUUGGCUUGCAUUGUCAAAUUCACUGCUCAAUCCUUUUAUAUAUGCAUUUUUUUACAGCUGGUUUAGAUCGGCUUUCAGAAUGAUCAUUUCUGGAAAAAUCAUUCAAGGUAAUUUUACAAACUCAAAACUGCUCUAA